AGUCGGCCCAUCGCCAUUCUAGUCGAGGAAUUCGCGAACGUCGGAGACACUCACCACCAACAGGUGAACGCCGCAACAGCAAUGAAGAAAAUAUUGCUGGCCACAACCUUGCUAUCAAUGGCAGUGUCCGAAAAUAUUCUGAUGGAAGACCACCCAAGAUUGAAAACGGCAUGGAUGUGCGACAAGCAACUAUGGAAUAGAAGAACAAAGCGAAUACCACGGAAAGAUAUUCCUUUGGAAAUAGAAGAGUCCCUCAAUUAUGACGACGCCAGACAGUUCCCUCGAAUUUCAGACACGCGAUUCAUUAGCGAAUCAAGAAAACUGCCUUUAAUGGCAGUCAUCAGGCGGCAUGAUUUGGCGCGGUUUGCACAGGUUGACUUAUCUUCCGACAAGUCAAAACUUGACGGCACCAAACCAAGAGUUUUAAUCUCCAUCGGCAUACAAGAGGAGAAGAACACCGACAACGAUCUGCAAGAGGACUGCUCGACAAGGAAGAGCUAUUGUAAGCACAACCAGGGCUGGCAGAUGCAACAACCGUUCUACGUGGACGAGCCAAGGUCGAUUGACAUCGACGUUGACUAUAUAGACUCUUCUCAGCGUUUGGAUAACGGCGAUCCUUACAUAUUGACACGGGGAAAGAAAAUUUACAGAAUUGACGAUCCGGAGCAGGCGGACAAAACUGUCGAGGAUUACGAAGCGACUCUCGAUUAUUUGAGCAAAAACAAAAAACUGCUGAUAAAGAAUCGAGUGAGAAGAUCCGCCAGGACGAACGGAGGAUCUCAGGAUGAAACGGCCGAUGAAAGAAACGAUCGGAUGAAAGAAAGAGAUCACUAUGAUUCUCUUCAAGAUACGGACCGAGACACAAAUAAUACCGCGAUCAUCAAAAUAGAAAAUGUAGGCGAAAAAUCCUUCGAAAUCAAUAAAAUAUCGGAAGACGAAAAGGCGAAGGCUGCGAAUUAUGAUGUCUUUAAUAAAAUAUACGAAAAAGUCGAUCCAAAGAAUUUGGCGAAUAGAUCGUCGCGUAGAUAUAAAUUUACAAAGCAAAAUCAAAUCUCCGGAAAUGGAGACAUAAUCACAGACUUUGUUGAGCAAAGACAGAAGAUACAGCGCGAAGAUAUUCCCAAUAAUACUGAAAAUGGCAGCGGCAAAACUGCGAAGAUCGAUCAAAUAGAGAGACUUGAUGAUAGCAAAAGUUAUUUUACUAUUAACACGAAUAGAAAGUCAGUGUUACUAAAAAAUCAUCAUCUCCCCGAAAUCCGUAAAAAACGAGAGAUCGGUAGCGUGUAUUCUAAGAAAGAUGUCGAAAAGAACGAGACCGAAACAUACGAGCAAAAGAAUAAAGUUUACAUCAACGAGCUGAACGAUCUAGGCACACCUGAUAAUCUUUUCACGUUAUCUCGAGAUAAAGAUUCGAUUAACAGCGAAAGCUUGAAUAAGAAAGAUCUAGAUGGUAAUAAAUUCAUCGAACGAACGUGGGAACUUCAUUACGCGCAUCGCAAGAAACUGGAAAACGAAGGGGCAGCAAAGAAUGAGGAAGACGGAUCUGAAAUUAAUAACGACAAUGUAGGAAUAGCGAAUUCACAGUUAACGAACGCAAUUAACUUCAAUUCGAAAAACUUCGAAGCAAAGGCAAAGACGAAUUAUCGAUUACGUGAGAGGCGUAAUAUCUGCAAAGCCUGCAGGAUGAAAUCGCAGUUCCAGCGGAAUGAAUGGUUGAAGGACAUCGGGAGGAAGAUUCAGGAUUCGUUGUCUUUAGAGCGAAGAGACAAGCACAGUGGUCCAGAUAUUUGGACCCUAAGCCCCGAGCCUUACUUUAUUUCCCGAGGUAAGAAAGAUUUCGGGAGGGACGACCUCCCGUCGAUGCCGAGGUCGCGGAACACGAACGACGGGGAGCGCGCUAAAGCGCUGAGUUUCCCGGUCGCGGACGGCCUUCUGCGAACGCUACUGACGGAGAUGUCCAAAUGCAACGACGAAAACUGCGGCAUGAACGCGAACCGGCUGUCGAACGAGCGACUGUCACCGCGAGACCGACGCGAUCCGCGGCCCGGUAUGCUCGAGGAAAUCUUCGCGAAAUACGAUCCGUACUACGUGGCCAGAGGAAAACGAAUGAGCCGAAAUCAGAGGGGUGUCUCACUCGAGACGGAUGCGAUGCAGUAGGCGCGUAAGGGACAUGUUCAGCAAGGCAUAAUUGUUAGCUUCGCGACGCUCCGAGAACGCUGAGAGAGGAGCGAGGCAAGUUGUGGGAAUAUAUCUUCCCACAACUUAUUCGAUUCGACUUGCUUCUGAUUGUGAAACACGGCAAUCCGAUGACUCAGCUUUUUCUCAACUGACAAACGCAUGUCGAAGCAUGCAACGAAUAUUGUAAGAUAUAUCUGGGAGAAUAAAGAUAAUCUCAUUUAAAAAAAAAACUCGACUGCAUCAACAAAAAAAGUUUGCAGGUACGAGAGGAAUUCUCAUUCUACAAGUACGAAAAUUUAACUCGAGGAAAAUCUCUCUACAUAUACGGAUAAAAAAAACGAUCUUCUAUUGACAGCAUUAACUAACAGCAACUGUCACUGAAUUAACUAGAUUAUUUUCAAUUAGAUUACUGUCAACUAAUGUUGUUAAUACAGCACCUUUCUUUCCUGAGUACUCACGGCAAUUAAAUCUAUAUUUGUAUAACUUAUUUAAAUUCGUUAACUUAUUUGUUUAUACAUGUACAAGCGUCGCCGAAAUUCUAAAUAUAUGCAAGAGAAAAUGCAUGGAGAGAACAAGUUUCGAUUGUAAGUUACGAAAACGCAAUUUGUAACAUAUAUUAAGCAAAUGCAAAUGAAUAUAAACAUUAGGAGUUAACUAGCGUACAUAGUCGAUAUGUAAAAUGUUCUUCGUGUUCUACGAGGAUAAGUUAAAAAGUGGAGAGAUUUUUUUGUAACAUCGUGUUUGACUUUGUGGCUUAUUCUGAUAAUCAAUGUGCUUUAAAUGCUAUCGUUUAUGAGCGAAUAAAUUGAAAAAAAAUUGACAGAACCUACAUCUCGUGAAUGUAACAUUAGCUACAAAUAUGUGAAAAUAAGAUGUACAAGACUGAAAAAUA